UAUAAAUAGGGAAUCUGGCGGUGGCAGUGAGGAAGUGAGAGGUAAGAUCCCGCUAACGAUUGUAGCAAUCAUCCAUCUUCUUCAUCGAAGGGGGCACAAUUCGGAUCUCGUCAAUUUCUUCUUCUUUCUCACACUGAUUUCCGCAUGGCGGAUUUCAACAACAACAACGAUGCCUUCAUGCGCAACCAAAACGCCGCCGUUCAGGCCCGCACCAAGGCCCAGAACCGUUCCAACGUCCUUCAGCUCAAACUGAUUGGACAGAGUCACCCGACUGGUCUCACGGCAAACCUGUUGAAGCUCUUCGAGCCUCGGCCUCCGUUGGAGUACAAGCCACCGCCGGAGAAACGGAAAUGUCCGCCGUUAACAGGGAUGGCGCAAUUUGUGGGCAAGUUUGCCGAGCCUGGCGAUCCAGAAUAUGCUCCACCUGUUCCAGAAACUGAAACUCCUGCACAAAAAAGAGCCAGAAUACACAAGCUAAGACUAGAAAAGGGAGCUGCUAAGGCUGCAGAGGAGCUUGAGAAAUAUGAUCCACAUAAUGACCCAAAUGCAUCUGGAGAUCCAUAUAAGACAUUGUUUGUGGCUAAACUCAGUUACGAGACCACUGAGAGCAGAAUCAAAAGGGAGUUUGAGUCAUAUGGUCCAAUCAAAAGGGUCCGAUUAGUUGCUGACAAAGAGACAAAUAAGCCCAGGGGUUAUGCUUUCAUUGAGUAUCUGCAUACAAGAGACAUGAAAGCUGCUUAUAAACAAGCUGAUGGUAGGAAAAUUGAUGGUAGAAGGGUGCUCGUGGAUGUUGAGCGUGGGAGGACUGUUCCAAAUUGGAGACCUCGCCGCCUAGGUGGUGGGCUUGGUACUACUAGAAUUGGGGGUGAUGAAGUUAAUCAGCGACACUCUGGGAGGGAGCAACAACAGCCUCGUUCUGAAGAACCAAGAGCGAGGGAUGAUCGACAUGGUGAUAGGGACAGGGAAAUGUCACGUGAAAGAGGUAGGGACAGAGAUAAAGAACGAGAGCGAUCACGUGAACAUUCUCAUGAAAGGGUCAGGGGUCGUGAUCAUAGAGAGGAUAGGCACCACAGAGACCGAGAGAGGACUAGGGAUAGAGACAGAGACAGGGAAAGAGAUAGAGACCGGGGACGUGAUCGGGAUAGGGACCGUGGACGUGAUCGAGAUAGGGAUCGUGGACGGGAUCGUGAGCGAGAGAGGGACCGUGAUCGGGACCGAGAUUAUGAAGUUGGGGACACUGAUCGAGGACGCUCACGUGAUAGGGAGACUGAUUAUGAUCGUGUUGAAUCUAAACAUGAGAGGAACCAACAUGAGGAAAGGAAUCAUGACUAUGAGCCUGAGGAUGAUCGUGGUUGGUAUAACCAUGGACAUAGGCAUGCAGACCCUGAUCAUGACCCUGAGCAGUAUGACCACUACAAUCAUGGAGAUGACCGUGGUGACCAUUACGGUCAGUAUCCUGACCAUGAUCGUACAGAAGGUGACUACCAUACUGGACGUGCAACAUCCGAAUCACGAGAAAAGGAAAGAAGUCAUGAUAUGGACCGUGAAUAUAGACGCUCAGAGAGAUCUCAUUCCCGGGAGUAUGAAUACUAGAACAUGAGCGUAGUAUUUCUCAACUUUAUUGGUAAGAUUCAUUAUUUGGGAUUUGGGUACGUUUACUUUUGAAUCUUGCUAUCCUUCCUUCCCUCCUUUUAUUGUAGUUGUCGAAUGGAUUAUAAGGCAUGGUGUGAUCAUAGCACAAUAAUAUGAACACCUUGGGUGCUGCCUUCCAUAUGGUCCACAUUUGAAAGCUUGAAUACUGCACAUUUCGAGUCGUUGGCUGCUUUUUGUCAACGUGGACUUGGACAUCUAGUAUUGGUUUUUGUUUUGGUGUUUAUGCUGUUUUCUUGACAUUUUAUGAAACAUAAUAGGUUUUUCUGGCUCAUUUUUUAUGGGAAACAAUUGUGCGGGUUCCAAGAUUUCUUUUGUCUGUUGAUCUUUGCCUGGAGCUUUUGUUUUCAAUGCAGAGCUUCCAGCAUUAUUUGUCCAUUUUCUUAUGGCUCUUUCUUAUGUUGGAUUCCUAUUAAUAUGUUUAUUUUUAAA